AUGGAAAGGCUCUCGGCGUUCGUAAGCAAAUCGUUUAAUCCGUCUCGGCAAGACGUAGCCGCGGACCCGGAAACCGUUCCCGCCAAAAACGACGGCGCCGCCGCCGCAGACGAGAGCCGAGCAGGAAUUUCUGUGAGGAGUACUUUUGACAGCAAGGGCUCUCUUUCACCAGAGGAGAGCUGUAACAGUAAGGAGAUGACUGAGAAAGCGCCUGUUCAUACCGUCCAAUCCACUGGCGUCACAUCCACACUGGUGGUUGCGGGAGAGGGUCACCUGAAGACGCCACUUUGCCGGCAGACGACACCUGGGAAGGGGAAAGAAGUAAUGGAAGAAGACAUCUGUGAGUUUCCCAAUCACGAACCUUCACAUUCCGACUCGGAAGACCUCCCAAAAAUCAAGCAGAGGAGAAGUCGCACUAACUUUACCCUGGAGCAGCUACAAGAGCUGGAGCGACUGUUUGACGAGACCCACUACCCGGACGCCUUCAUGAGAGAAGAGUUGAGUCAGAGACUGGGGCUGUCGGAGGCGCGCGUGCAGGUAUGGUUUCAAAACAGGAGAGCGAAGUGCAGAAAACAAGAAAGCCAGGUGCAAAAAGGCAUUUUCAUCCAGCCGGGGGUGACGAUAGGUGGCGACAGUUGCCGACUGGCCCCAUAUAUCAACAUGCCCUCUAUGAGGCUCACCUUGGACCGUCUUCACGCCAUGCCACAUUUGGGCCAGUUUGACCCCACCCACUUUACCCAGAAUCCCUACUUGCUCAUGGCGGCCGCGGCAUCCCCGCAUUCUUACGGAAGCCUAAGUCUUGGGCCACUAAGUCCGGUGGAUUACUCGGUAUCGCUGACAAAAAACUCGAGUAUUGCUGACUUAAGACUUAAAGCAAAGAAGCAUGCAGCGACUCUAGGGUUAUAA